GUUAUAAGAUAAUAAUGGACCACUUAAAAGAAAAAGAAGCAAAUAAUAUAUAUACAAUUCUAAAUGGACAAGACGAACAAUCAAAUCCUCCUAUGCAUUAUGCUAUUAGGUAUGCCGAUUCUGAGACUAUGGAGGAUCUUUUAAAACAUGGUGCAUCAUUAUGCUCCACUAAUCAUAUCGGGAAGAUGCUAAUUGAAUAUAUAAAACCUAGUAUUUUAGAAAAACAUUUAAAUAAUUGUGUUGAAAUCAAAUCGCAUGAUGAAAAUUUGCGGUUUCUGCAAAUUGAUUAUCGAUCUCUCGUUUCACCAAUAAAAAUCAACUCCACUACCGAAAAUGAGGAUGUAUAUGAGUACUUCCACCAGAUUGAAACACUUGAUAAGACAUCCAGUGAUAGCUACCUUUUUACUUCGGAAGUGGGAAAACUGGAACAACAUAUUUCUGAUGAACAUAACCGUUUAUUCCAUGUUCUUUGUAGCUAUAAUUCUGUAUUUUUGUUUUAAAGAUUACAAACCGAUGCGGGUUAUAACUUUAUUUUUUAGUCUAGCAGUAUUGCUCCUUAGAGAAGGAUAUGAAUAUAUAGCAACUAAAACGUCUUAUUUACAGCGGUACGAUAAUUUGCUUGAACUGUUAAUUUCAUUUAUUUUGGCCGUUAUGGUGGUUCUUGAAUUCAUAUAUGACAGUAAAAUACAAUUUUCUUCUAUAGUGAUUCUUUUAGCAGCUUUCGAAUUAAUGAUGGUUUUUAGUAUAGCACCAAACUGUUCUACGAAUAUGGCGAUAUUUAGUACAGUUUUAGUCAAUUACUUUAUAUUUUUGUUAUGGUAUUCGGUUUUAUUAAUCGCUUUUACAAUUAGCCUUUAUUUUUUAUUUGAGUAUCAAAAUACAUCGUUUGUCAAUUUCACCGAAUCACUUUUUAAAAUUAUAAUUAUGAUGACUGGAGAGUUAGAUGCUGGAAAUAUAAAUUUCGACAUGCAUCCACUAAUAGGUAAAAUCAUUUUUGUUUUAUUUAUUUUCAUGAUACCCAUUGUUCUUUUAAACCUGCUCAAUGGUUUGGCGAUUAGCGAUAUACAAAUUAUUAAACAAAAUGCAGAAUUAACUGGUUAUGCAACCUUGGCAUAUAACAUACAAAUUGCGGAAACUUUGAUUUACAAAUAUAAAAUUAAUUGGAUUAAAAAAGUAUUUUUCAAGGAAGUAAAACCUAUCUUUGACAAAGAAAAUAAGCCUUACCAAUUAAUUGUAAACGAAAAUAAGGGUUCAAAUGAUAAUCAAUCUAAACAUUACCGAUGGAAAUUUUGGAAAGAACGAGUUGGAAUAGAAAUCAUGGAACUAUUUCAGAUCGAGAAUGAAAAGCAAGGGUUGAAUAUUGAUAUCAUCGAUAUUAGAAAAACACUGUCUGAGAUUUUGAGUGUUUUAAAACCCCCGUUUCAAAACUCUUGUAAUUUGGGUGAAAGGCCAACUCUGCAGGACGGGUCGCAAGGCCCGGUCCACGAACCGGAUCCGCAGGCCGGGCCUUCUGGUGUAUGUGACUAAUAAUAUGCUUCAAUGCUUCAAAAUAAAGGAAUACGAAAAUAGAGAAAACAAUAGUAUUACAUGCAUUGAGAUUUAAUUUAACAUAAUUAGUAAUGUUAUAUUUUAUACAAAAAUAAUCAGAUAUCCUUAUAUGUCCAUUAUAUCACCCCUUCAUGUGAGUUAACUAUAAUUUACCAAUUUAGAAAUUCAAAUAUAAAUGAAAUGACGUUCGCAGGUUUAGAGACCAGGAAAUAAAAAUCUCUUUAUUUAAGAAAUUGCCGACGUUUCUAGGUAUAUAUUUUUGUCAAUGCUAUAUUUGUCUUUACCUUGGCAAUAUAUGUCUUUGUCAAGGUUAUUUGGACUAAACGUUUUUUUUUUCACGCGUAAACAUAAGUAGUGACAAAUCCUACUUAUAUUUACGCGUGACACAUUUCAGCUGAAAAUAGUCUUGAUAGAAUUGUGAAUAUACAUCCAAAGGUCAACAAAGGGUUUUCCAUUUCCUGGUCCUAAACCUGUUAACGCCAUUUAAUACACAACAGAGGGACGCAAAUCUAUCAUGUUAUUUAAAUAUAGUGAUAGUCUUUAGUGACAGUAAAUCCCGUUACUGGAGUGCCCAGAGACUUUUACCUCGGAAUUAAAUUACUGUGAA